GUUGUCAUGAUUUCUUGAAGGUUUGAGGUGGGAAGAGAAAUUCGUCUGAACAAUGAGCAAGUUACAAAGUGAUGUUCUGAGAGAAGCAAUCUCCCAGGUUGUUGGUGAUUCUCGGGAAAAGAAACGCAAAUUCACUGAAACAGUAGAGUUGCAAAUUGGGCUGAAAAAUUAUGACCCUCAAAAAGACAAGAGAUUCAGUGGGUCUGUGAAGUUACCUCACAUUCCUCGCCCCAAAAUGAAGGUUUGCAUGCUUGGGGAUGCUCAACAUGUUGAGGAGGCUGAGAAGAUAGGACUCGACUACAUGGAUGUUGAAAGUUUAAAAAAGAUGAACAAAAAUAAGAAGUUGGUUAAAAAACUCGCUAAGAAGUACCACGCUUUCCUAGCAUCAGAAGCUAUCAUCAAACAGAUUCCUCGUCUCCUUGGACCUGGUCUUAACAAGGCAGGGAGUCUGUUCAUCUAUAUAUUUAAUUUUGAACUUCUCUGGGUACAUGUGACUUGUUAUGCAGGGAAGUUCCCCACGUUGGUUACUCACCAGGAAUCUUUGGAGGCAAAAGUUAAUGAGACAAAAGCAAUGGUGAAAUUUCAACUUAAGAAGGUUCUUUGCAUGGGUGUUGCAGUGGGUAACUGUGCUAUGGAGGAGAAGCAGGUCUUUCAGAAUGUUCAACUCAGCGUCAAUUUUCUUGUGUCUUUGCUGAAGAAGAACUGGCAAAAUGUCAGGUGCUUGUACUUGAAGAGCACCAUGGGGAAGCCAUACCGAGUAUUCUAGUUGGCUCCUUGCUCAGGCUAGUGACUGAUGAACUGAAAGAUCUUUGCUCUCUGUUACCUUUCAUAUUUACAUCUAUUAUCAAUUUUUUGUUAUUGAGGGCACCAAACACUGAUGGAGAAUUUAUUCCAUGUCUAAAAUCAAAUUUUUGUUUAUUAAGAAAUAGCAAAUAGGUGGGGAUGCAAACACUUACAGGAUAUUCUUAUUCUGCUUCUAAAAGUUUGGAUUUAAUG